AUGAUCGCUGCCAUCGGGGCGCCGACGCUGUCCUUAGAGAAGGAGAUGCAACGCAUCGAACACAAGCGGGCCCGAAAUGUUGCCCGCACCGCUCGUUACCUGGAUGCUCGGUUGCGCACCAUCGGGCUCGACACCGACGCUCUAGACCAGCAGAUGAGAGAACAACGCGACAGGAAGGAGCGGGAACGGAUGGCCUCGAAGGAGGAGUUCGACCGCAACGAGAACGUGUACAAGCACGUGGCGGCGCAAGAGGCCGAGGAGAGGCGGCUCAGGGACCAAGAGCUGGAAAGGAUGAGGCUGGAAUGGCUCGAACAAAUGAAGUUCAAGUACGACAAGGAGCAGAGGGAGAAGGACAUGAUUCACGCGGGGGUAGACUUCGACAAGUGCGGGCUGUCCGCGGUGCAGACCAUGGGCGGAGAGGACCCCGACAGGCUCAGCCGGACCGCUCAGCAGCAGGCACAGAUGCGCGCGUGGUCAACGCAGCUGGCGAACGAGCGGCUGGAGAGGGAGAAGCUCGCGGACCAGGAAAUGGCCGACUACUGGGCCUACCUAGAGAGGGUCAGCCAGAGACAGGGAGAGCUGAGCGAAGAGGAGGAGGCUGCGAGGAAGACCCUCAUCCUCCAGAUCAAGGACGAAAACCGACGCCGAGCGUUGGAGAGGGCAGAGGAGAUGGCCAGGCAGAAGGACCUUGAGGACCAAGCCAACGCCGACGAACUUCGCUACAGGAACGAGCUCCUGAGGGAAGAUGAGGGCGAGGGCAGCUCCACCAACAACCUUUUCAAGGGGCUGUCUCGGAAGCAGAAGGCUGAGCUCCAACAGGACACCCAGAGUAACGCGGACAUGCGUGCGGCGCGGUUGCGGAAGGCGGAGCAGGAGAGGGAAGAGGAGGCCGCUUGGUUCAUGCAGCAGGAGAAGAUGCGAGUGGCGAUGGAGCAAGCGGACCGAGAAGAACGCCAAAGGGUCAAAGAACUGGAAGAGGAAAGGCUCAGAGAGCUUCGGGAGCAGCAGCUCGACCUGCAGCAGCGCAACAUGAGGGAGAGGUGUUCGCUUCAAGUUUAA